GAGCCAUAUGUGCUGUUACAGCUUUGGUGCAGUUCUAAUACCACAAUGCAGCUUUUUAAAUAUCUGUUUGGUGUGAUGGUUGUAGUUGUUGCUUUGGCUUGUGAUGUUACUGCCCAGCAUCACUGGAUGUUACCUCACCAGCAAAACCAACCUCCUCUUCCUUCUCAGCGGUCUCAGCAACCAUUUACGGUCCCUCCACCUGCAGCUCCCUUUGAUAAAUGCCAGGUGACACAGGCAAACAAGAUCCAGUGUGGGACUGAAGAGAUCACUGCUAAGCAGUGUAAAAACAUAAACUGCUGCUUUGAUGGGCAGCAGUGCUACUAUGGGAAAGCAGUGACUGUGCAGUGCACCAGGGAUGGUCAGUUUGUGGUAGUCGUGGCUCGAGAUGCCACUUUGCCCCACAUAGAUGUGGAGUCAGUCAGCCUGCUGGAAACAAAUGACCCCUCCUGUACCCCUGUGGGCGUCACCUCUGCUUUUGCCAUCUUUCAGUUCCCUGUUACUGCAUGUGGUACUACACUCAAGGAGGAUGAGAGUUACGUGGUAUACGAGAACCACAUGUCUUCUUCGUAUGAAGUGGGAACUGGAUCCAGAGGAUCAAUCACCAGGGACAGCCAUUUUGAGUUAUUGUUUCAGUGUAAGUAUUCUGGCUCAGCUGUGGAGGCUCUCAUUAUGGAGGUGAAUACUGUUCCUCCACCUGUGCCGGUUGCUGCUGCAGGACCUCUUAGAGUGGAGCUCCGACUGGCCAAUGGGCAGUGUCACUCAAAGGGGUGUGUGGAGGAAGAGGCAACGUAUAGCUCCUUCUACACUGCAGCAGACUACCCAAUCACUAAAGUGCUGAGAGAACCUUUGUAUGUUGAGGUGAGCAUCUUGGAGAGGUCUGAUCCGAACCUUGUUCUGAACCUGGAGCACUGCUGGGCCACCUCUGCACCCAAUCCUCACAGCCUGCCGCAGUGGGACCUUCUGGUUGACGGCUGUCCCUAUCAUGAUGACCGUUAUUUAACCACAGUGGUUCCUGUGGAUGGCUCCUCUGGGCUUAUUUACCCAACGCACUACAAACGUUUCAUCGUUAAAAUGUUCACAUUUGUGGAUCAAAACACCUUUUCUACGAAGCAAGAUGCGGUGUUCAUCCAUUGUGCUACAGCAGUGUGUUAUCCCAGCAGCACAAACUCCUGUGAGCAGCCAUGCCAGCAACAACGAAGAGCUGUGGCUGCAAUAAGGAAAGUUUCCUCAAGUCGGAGGGCUGUAGUAUAGCUGACUGAGCAGAGAAUAUCUGCUCCUUUCAAAUCCGAGAGAUGACAGUCAGAUCUGGCAGCCAAAUUUAACCUUUUUUAAUAAAAAGCUUGUUAAAAGCUCAUGUUUACAACUGG